GGUGUCUGCGGCGGCGGCGGCGGCGGCUGCGGGCCCAAGUUCGCGGCCUGGGUCAGACCGCAGCGGAUUCGGAGGCGGAACCCCGGCGGGCGGCGCCCCCCACGCGAGGGCUCCAGCCUUCCCCGUCUGAGGAUUUCAGGGCUCCCCCCCAAGGAGAUUCCCUCCAAGAUGGCCUCGGCCGGAGACCCCCACGCGGGCCCCCGGGACGCGGCAGACCAGAACUUCGACUACAUGUUCAAACUGCUCCUCAUCGGCAACAGCAGCGUGGGCAAGACGUCCUUCCUGUUCCGCUACGCCGACGACUCCUUCACGCCCGCCUUCGUCAGCACCGUGGGCAUCGACUUCAAGGUCAAGACCGUCUACCGCCACGACAAGAGGAUCAAGCUGCAGAUCUGGGACACGGCGGGCCAGGAGCGCUACCGCACGAUCACCACGGCCUACUACCGCGGCGCCAUGGGCUUCCUGCUCAUGUACGAUGUCGCCAACCAGGAGUCCUUUGCGGCCGUGCAGGACUGGGCCACCCAGAUCAAGACCUACUCCUGGGACAACGCCCAGGUCAUCCUCGUGGGGAACAAGUGUGACCUGGAGGACGAGCGUGUCGUGCCUGCCGAGGACGGCCGGAGGCUCGCUGACGACCUUGGUUUUGAGUUCUUCGAGGCCAGCGCCAAGGAGAACAUCAACGUGAAGCAGGUGUUCGAGCGCCUGGUGGAUGUCAUCUGCGAGAAGAUGAACGAGUCCCUGGAACCCAGCGCCAGCCCAGGCAGCAACGGGAAAGGCCCGGCCCUGGGGGACGCCCCGCCCCCACAGCCCAGCAGCUGCAGCUGCUAGAGAUGGUCCCCGGACCCCCUCCACCCCCGUCCUGCCUCUGCAGGGACUGCGACCCAGGCAUGAGCCACAAGGGCUGUCUUCAAGCUCAGGGUGACCCCUUCCCUCCUGCCAGCUGCCCCCCUGUCCCGCAUGGCUCACGCCCAGCCUGCCUGCUCAGGCGGCCCAGACCCGCGGUGGCAGACCAUGGGGCCUCCACUUUGCAUUGGAGGCCGAGGCCUGGGGACAUUGGCACGAACGAGUUGGCUGCUUUUCUAGGUGCGUUAAGGAGGGUAGCUGAGGGUGGCAUGCCCCAGCUGCCUUGAUGGAAGGCCAGCCUCAGUGCCUUCCGGGUUGGAACCAUUUGCCAGGUCUCAGUGCAGUCCCUGAGGCUGCCCCGUGAACCUCCUAGACUCCAACGCAGCAUGGCGACUCCGCCACCCGCACACCUUCCCCGUGUGAAAGCAGUAUUCAAACAGCUUUUCCCAUUGCAGAAGGGCCACCGGGAGUCAAACCCCGCCACCCCGGCUUCAGGGACUCCAAAGUGCCUUCCAAGUGUCCCAGAAUCCGCAUCACCUAUGACCCUGUCACUGUUUUGCUGUGGCCGCUGUGUUUCUGAUCCUGAGCUGAAUUCUGGAACGGGGGAGCCUUAUCCGGCGGGGGCAGAGGUUUGCCUAACCCCGCGUCCCCGGCUCGGGGCUUUCUGCCAGGAGACCCGGCCCUUCCACCCGGGCCCUGUUCGGCUGGCUGCGUUUGAAGCAAGGUCUUUCUAAAUCGUACAUCCUGCCAGAAAAGGAAAUUUCGUAACGUCCCCACCCGC